AUGCGAGACUUAUAUGUGCUAUUUCUCAAACACAACUUACUUACAGGGGCCAUUCCUUCCAUAAUUGGAAACCUCAAGAACCUGGAGUGGCUAGAUUUAUCACAGAACUGGCUUGAAUCACACAUCCCGGACUCGCUUGGCAACCUCACCUUCCUAAAACACUUAAACAUCUCGUAGAACAAGCUUCUCGGAAGGGUUCCACCGGGUGGUCAGCUUGCAACAUUCCCGGAUCGAUCGACCGCGCUGUUAAGAAGCCAAGCGCAAGAUCACACACCAAUAGUAGUGCGGAGCUCCAGGGAAACGACUCGGCAUGAAUGGAGAGGGCAACUGAAGCAUAUUCAGCUUGUAAAAGAUAGAGCGCGUCUAAAGAGAACAAUCUUGGUGGUGCUACGAUCGUACCCGUCUAUAUCGAUCCGCCUUGAUCGACGACUUGUUUUUCAUGGAGAUGCUGAAGAUUCAGAGUUGGAAGCACUCUUGAGCUUUAAAAAUUCUGUGGAUGAUCCUCUGGUGGCACUGAAUAACUGGAAGGCAGGCACAGACGUUUGCCAAUGGAUUGGUGUAAGUUGUUCCUCGGUAGGCCGCAUCACUGGCAUACAGCUUGAUUCUCUGUCACUUUCGGGCCUUCUUCCAUUUUCUACCAUCCAAACCCUGCCUCAACUACGCACCUUGAGUGCUUCUGGGAACAACUUCACUGGGAUCAAAAUAUCACCGCAGAAAUGCUCUUUGGAGGUCCUCAAUUUGUCAAGCAACGAUUUCACUAGUCAUUUUCUAGAUAUUCUUUUGGUUACUUGCAAAGACAUCAGGCAGUUGAACCUCUCACACAACAAGCUAAGAAAAAUUUCGCUGAAGGGAACAAUCGGGCAUGUUAUGGUUUCGGUUGAUUUAUCUCACAACAGAAUCAGUGGCUCGAUACCUGCUUCCUUUUUCACAUUGUGUAAGAGCUUGCGGUUUCUAGACGUAUCGAGCAAUCAGCUGGUUGGAGGGGUGCCUGAAGAUAUGUUUAUAAACUGCAGAAGCUUACAAGAGCUUUCACUGUCGUCGAAUAAUUUGACAGGGGAAUUUUCUGGUCUACGUUCAUCCAACAGUCUUCAGAAGCUCAACCUGUCUACCAACGUUUUCACAUCAUUUCAGAUCGAGCACUGUCCUACUCUGGAGGAGCUGGAUCUCUCUUUUAACAACAUUUCUGGGACAGUUUUUCGGAAGGAUUGUGGUUCUUUGAAGAUGCUCAAUCUAUCAGACAAUCACUUAUCUGGACCAUUCCUCUCGGUAUUUGCCAAUCGAACUUUAGCUACGGUUUUCAAGUCUCUUAAAGUUCUCCAAGCCGACCACAACAACUUUAUAGGUGAACUCCCUACAGUUCCUCCAAGUCUUGAGGUUCUAGACCUGAGCUGCAACUUCUUCAGCACUGGCAACCCAAACAUCUGCCCUGCAAGGUCCUCACUUAAGUCUUUGCUGCUGGUAUAUAACAGGUUGCAUGGCCGGGUUCUGAACUCAGCCAUGAACUGUGGUAAUCUGGAAAUGCUUGAUAUGAGCAUCAAUUCUCUAGCAGGGCCCAUUCCAGUGGAUAUGUGCAGCAGACUUCCGAAGCUUCAACAUCUUCUUCUUUGGGGGAACAAUCUUGAAGGCAGCAUACCCGCUACAAUCAGCAACUGCAGUGAGCUGGUGACACUAAAUCUCAGUUUUAACAAUCUCACAGGUGUCAUUCCUCAGCAGAUAUCUGGGCUGAAGAAACUCUGGUUGCUGCUUCUGAGCAACAACAUGAUAUCUGGAGCAAUCCCCGCAUCUAUUGGAAGUAUGUUGAGCCUUCGAUCUCUCGUACUGGGUCACAACAUGCUUCAGGGUGGUCUACCAAGUGAACUUAGAAACAACAAGGGUCUAACUUUGUUUUUAGUGAACGACAAUCAGUUGACAGGACAAAUUCCAAGCUGGAUCGGCCGCUCAUCAGAAGUGGAAGAGGAUAAAAUAACCGAAGUAACCUUCCCGUUUCUGAUGGUGUUUGCAAUCAACAUAGAGGCAUCCAUCUGCAAAGCUUAUGAGGAGGUUUUCAUACUGCAAGGGAUCCGCUUGGAUGACUUUGAGCAACUUCCGUUUGCAACCAGAUGCAGAAGAUGGUUCUUUCUGGCACCUCCUGGUUUCAACUUAACAAUAUAUAGUCUGGUAAACAGUCCUUUGGCUAUUGAUCUCUCCCACAACAGCUUCACUGGAACAAUCCCAGAGGAAUUUGGUGGCAUGCGAGACUUAAAUGUGCUAAAUCUCGCACACAACUUACUUACGGGGGCCAUUCCUUCCACAAUUGGAAACCUCAAGAACCUGGAGUGGCUAGAUUUAUCACAGAACUGGCUUGAAUCACACAUUCCGGACUCGCUUGGCAACAUCACCUUCCUGAAAUACUUAAACAUCUCGAACAACAAGCUUUUCGGAAGGGUUCCACAGAUUGCUCAACUUGCAUUAUUCCCGGUGAGCAGCUAUGAAGGAAACCCAGGCCUUUGUGGCUUCCCCCUUGCAGAGUGUGCUAGUUUGCAUAAUCCUUUUCAUGAUGAUCACAAAGAUGAAAACGAUGGUGACGGUCAUGGUGAUCAAACGAUUCUGGCUGCCAUUGUUGGUGGUGGUGUUUCAUGCAUUCUGUGGACCUUUGCAGUUUUCUUCAGUAAGAGAUGGGAGGCACUGCUUACACGUUUAAUAUAA